ACUCCUUUCACACACGAGCCCCCAAUGCCCGAGUCACCGGCGUCGCCGGCCCAGCCCCCCUCGCCGCCGGGAUCGCCGCUCAAUGCCGGCACUCCGUCGCCGGUGUCGGCACUGCUACGAGGCUCCGUGCUGCUCCUCGCCUUCCUCGUCCUCCAGCUCGUGCUCUUCUGGUGCCUCCUCGGCUACCCCGCCAGCUCCCGCUUCCUCCCGGCGCCGGGCCGGAGGAACACCACCUGGCCCAACGGCGCGGUCGACGCCGGCGCGUGCGAGGCGGGUCUCGUGUACGUCUACGACCUCCCGCCGGAGUUCAACCACGACCUCGUCGACGACUGCGAGAGCCUGUGGCCCUGGUACUCCUUCUGCCCCUACCUGACCAACGGCGGCUUCGGCGUGGCCGCCGCCAAGCUGCCCGUCUUCUUCAACGUCACGCGGAACGUGUCGUUGCACAGCUGGUACAACACCGACCAGUUCCAGCUCGAGGUCAUCGUCCACCGCCGCCUCCUCUCCCACCGGUGCCGCACCACCGACCCGUCGCUGGCCACCGCGUUCUACGUCCCGUUCUACGUCGGCCUCGACGUCGGCAGCCACCUGUGGGGGGAGAACUCCACCGCCGCCGACCGCGACCGGGCGGGCUCGCGGCUGCUCCGGUGGCUCAACAACCAGACGUCGUUCCGGAGGUCCGGCGGGUGGGACCACUUCAUCACGCUGGGGCGCAUCACGUGGGACUUCCGCCGGUACGGCGACGACGGGUGGGGCACCAACUUCGUGGUCCUGCCGGGGAUGGCCAACGUCACCCGCCUCGCCAUCGAGGCCGACACGCUGGACGCCAUGGACGUCGGCGUCCCGUACCCGACGGGCUUCCACCCCCGCGCCGCCGCCGACGUGCGCGCGUGGCAGCGGCACGUGCUCUCCCGGAAGCGCAGCAAGCUCUUUGGGUUCGCCGGCGCGCCGCGCUCCGGGUUCCGGGACGACUUCAGGGAGGUGCUGCUGGAGGAGUGCGAGGACGCAGGGGCCGAGCGCUGCCGCGCCGUGGACUGCCGCGGCACGCGGUGCACCGACAACGGCGCUGCGGUGCUGGAGCUGUUCCUGGAUUCGAGGUUCUGCCUGCAGCCGCGCGGGGACAGCUUCACGCGGCGCUCCCUCUUCGACUGCAUGGUGGCCGGCGCCGUGCCGGUGCUCUUCUGGCGGCGGACGGCGUACGACCAGUACCGGUGGUACCUGCCGCCGGGGCCGCGCGGCGAGAAAGGGGAGUGGUCGGUGUUCAUCGACCGGCAGGAGCUGCGCGUGGGCAACGUGAGCGUCCGUGAAGUCCUGGAUGGGUUCAGCGAGCGGCGGGUGCGGCGGAUGCAGGAGCGCGUGGUGGAGAUGAUCCCGCGGCUGGUGUACGCGUCGUCGCCCGACGGGUUCGGCGGCGGCAUGGAGGACGCGAUGGAUGUGGCGCUGGGCGGCGUGCUGGGGCGGAUCAGGCGGCGUCAGGGGAGCAUCACGCGUGAAGAGCAUCCGCCAGGUCCAUUCGUCGCUCGGCGUAUUGGCGUCAAAUCGACGGCGGCGCCGCCCCCUUCUGAAGGCCAAAAUGGAUCAGCAGCGGCGAUCGGUCGGGCCGGAGCCGGCAAAAACGGAGGCCCCCCAGCUUCGUCGUACCUAAAAACUGUCCUUUCCGAAGCAUCGGCAUCGAUAAGCAAGACCUUGCAGAAAUCUUGAACUAGAACCGAAGACCUUGAAGCGUCUGUUUUAAAAAUUGCUCGACGCAUCGAUUCAUUUCUGCUGGAUCUUGGAUCGCGGAGAACUGAACAAGCAUGGGCCGGGGUCAACAGUAACAGAGAGUGAGAUCCGGGGAGGGGAGCUGAUUCCAGUGCAACGGUAGCCGGGGAAGCGCCGCCUGCUGAUAGCCCAGGGUUUAAGAAAUGGUUAGUAGAUGUUGUUUACUGCUUAGACGGCCGCGGUAGAUGCGUCGGUGUUAAUUGCAGUUGACCAAAGCGGUGGAUUCACUGCAGGAUCUAGAAGGUGGGCCACUGCCGGACUGAACGGUGAUGAAAUUUGUAUAUUGACACGAAUUCUAAUGAAAACUAUACCCGGACUAAUUGUAUA